AUGCAGCAUCCUAUCGACCCUUCAGAUUUAGAGGCAAUUGAGAAAGAGGAUCCAGAUAUUCUCAAACUCAGAGACUAUGAUGCUGAGGUUGCUUGCCGUGUGACCUCUACCUCUAGUCUGAGAGAAAGGAUUGCCUGGGAGCCCCAAGCAUGUGUGCAGCGAAUUGUCAUGAUUCUUGGAAACCAUAUCAACCACAUCCCCCGGGUGAAUAUGCCAAAGGGCGCUUAUGCUCUUGCCCACCUGACAGAUUGGUCUUAUGUUUCUGGUGAUGAAAACCCGCUCGCAGAUGUUUACGUGGGACCCAAGGGAUUCAAAAAUUAUGAUCAUCCAUUAAGAAUGGUAUUUGAGGUCCAGGAUAAGCGCUUUCCACAUAUUACUAUGAUUGUGGAACAUCAUACAAAGGACAAAGCUCAGAACAAUACUCUUAGACGUCAUGAGUUAGCAUAUAUUCUCAAGGCGAUGGAGAUUCGUUUUGCUCAACGAUUGUUCAAUGAACAUCAGGAACAGCCAGUUUUGAUGUUAUCGUUUACGGUGCCCCAACACGGACGGAUUCUGCAUGCUCAUCUCCUCAAUGAUACUAAGCUUGUUGUUGCCUGCAGCAAUCUGUACAGCUUUGAGACGAACGAAGUGACGCCUUUUGAACUUUUCUAUCGCUGGCUUCUUGAGAAUAAGGAUAAAAGUGAGAAGAAGCGCAAGGGAGCCUCUAGGAAGGAGAGUGGCUACAAGAAGGUCAAGAAGGAAAACAUCCGACCCUAG